CCGGAGCCUCACACCCGCUGCCGCCCCCCGGCGUCCGAGGAGAAGGCGGCGGGCGCCCCCCAGGGAAGAUGAAGGCGGAGGGGGGUGACCACUCCAUGAUCAACCUGUCGGUGCAGCAGGUCCUGAGCCUCUGGGCCCACGGGACGGUGCUGAGGAACCUCACGGAGAUGUGGUAUUGGAUCUUUCUCUGGGCUCUCUUCUCCUCUCUGUUUGUCCAUGGUGCUGCGGGAGUGCUGAUGUUUGUCAUGCUGCAGAGGCACAGGCAGGGGAGAGUGAUCUCCGUCAUUGCAGUCAGCAUUGGAUUUCUGGCUUCUGUAACUGGAGCAAUGAUCACUAGUGCAGCAGUAGCAGGCAUUUACCGAGUAGCAGGGAAGAACAUGGCCCCUUUGGAAGCCCUGGUGUGGGGCGUUGGACAGACUGUACUGACAUUGAUCAUCUCCUUUUCAAGGAUCCUCGCCACACUUUGAGGUUUCUGUGGAAAUGUCUGACCUUACAUAAGGAAAAGAUGUACAGAUUCUCUGAAAAUGGCAUUGUUAGCAAGUGGGAAUUAAAUUAUACAGGAAUCCUGGAAGGAGCAGGUCGGAGCAUAAGGCCUUGAGCUGUGUGGAAAGAUUGCCCUCUGGUGUUCAAGUGAUUGCACUACCGCACUGCACCUUACGUGCCUCCAUCCCAGGCAAGGCGAAUUACACUCUGAGAAGCUACAAGAAAACGCACCUUGUUUAGCUGCCAAUCAGGUUAACAUUGGUGUUGAAUCAUCGUUUUUAACAGUGUUGUGUUUAAGUUACAGGGACAUUUUGAAGAAUUGAUAUAUGUGCCAAACUCUCUUCUUUUUUUAUAAAUUGGUCAUGUGACAGUUUGCAAGUGUAGAUGUAGAUGAGACAAGUGCUGUGAAAAUGUUUGACAUGAAUUCAGGUCACGUAGUGAGACUUUGUAACUAAAUCCUGUGUGAGUGCCGAAUACCGAAUUGUUUACUAGGAGAUAAAUUAUUUUAUUUUUAAUGUUGAACUUUUCUGGGAUUUAGGGCUUUAAUAUGGUUAGGCUUUAUUGUUAUUUAAUUUAUGUGGAAAAUAAUAUUAAUGGAAAACUAGCUAAACUCUUUUAAGGACUCAAAGUAGAUCUAUAGGGUGCAUCCUUUUCAUGAACAUAAAUAAUACUUUUAAUAGUUUCCUUCAUACAUAAAUGUUCUAUUGAUAUGAAUUAAAAAACUUUAUCGGUAACACACAUUGAUUGUAGUUUGUGUGUCAUAAAAGUAUUAUUUGAAAUUUUUCUUAAAAAUUUUGUUAGAAAACAAGUCUGAAAUGCAUGUUGCAUUCUUUGACCCUCUAAAGAAAGUUUUGCCCUGUGUCUCAUGGAGAAAACAUCUUCACAACUGUUCCUCAGUGGGGUUCUAUGACUUGUUGCCUCUGUCUUGAUUUUUGACAAAGUGUAAGCAGUCUUUAAUUCUGGAGUAUUAACUAUAUUUAAAGAGUGGCCUAAAUUAGGCUGUGAAAACAAAAAGCCUCAUUUGUAGAUAAGUAACAGUAAGUUAUCUAGGGAGAUUAAUAAACUAUCUUACUUUGGAUAUGUGGUAACAAAAUUUCACUAAAUAAGAAUUGAGGAAUUUAGUAAAUCUGGCAGUCCAUCUCAGUGUUUAAAACAGUACUGAAAUAUAUUUGAGUGAUUCAUUUUAGUUCAGUUCUUGAUUUAUGCUAAGUUUAUUAGAAUGUGAUGGCAUUUAUUAGAAAUGAAAAAGUCUUUAGUAUAAAAUAUUUUAAGAGAUUUUGGCAACAUAUACUUGUUUUUAAGACUACACGAAGUAAGGGAAACAGAACCUGCUUGAACUUAUCUCCUCCUGACAUUUUUUAAAACCAGGUACAAUUAUAAAUGUUCUUACUCAAAGGAGAGCUAUUGCAGAGAAUGCGAAGUGAAGGACAAUCCAGAAAAACAUUGACGUGCUUCAGCCUUGCUGCUUUAGAACCUGGUUGGGUAACAAGUAGGUUCCUAUUAGGUCCCAUUCAAAUUUAAGGCCUUUGCUACACAGGUCACUUUUCCUUCACCAAAAAAAUAGUGAGGAGUUGGUGGGAGAGGAGAAGCUACUUUUACCAGUAGGAAAGCCAAUUUGGGGAAUUUUCUAAUUCUGUGGCUUGGAAAUUUUUUAAAAAAUAACAAUUAGCAUCUAUGCACUUAGAGAUCUUUGAAGUAAAUCUUAAAAUUGAUUUUAAAUAUGUAUAACCCUGAAAUCAAUUUCAUGUGUUCUUUAUAUUUUUGAUGU